AUGCAGAACGACGAAGGAAGAAUCGUUGACUUGUACGUCCCUCGCAAGUGCUCCGCGACUGGGCGCCUGAUCCCCGCCAAGGAGCACGGUGCUGUCCAGAUCAAUGUCGGUCAGGUCGAUGAGCAGGGCCGCUACACCGGUGAGUAUCACACCUUCGCGAUCAGCGGCGCGGUGCGUCAGAGAGGCGAGAGCGACGCGUGCCUCAACCGCCUGAUGCACGAGAAAGGAUUGCUGACUUUCGCCAAGUAA